AUGGCUUCAGAGAGAGAGCAGAUACCAGGAACCAUCAGUGAAGAAGCAGCAGGGGGCAGCACUGAGCCAGGUGUCUGCGUCAGAACAAAAUCCUCAGUGUCCAGUACUGUGUCCCUGAAGAGUGACUGGUCUAUGGCUGAUCCACUAAACUUCAGUCUUGAAGCUGCUUCUUCAAAACCACAAGAAAAGUCACGGUGGACUCCAGCCCCAGGGCCCAAGACCUCAGGGCCACAAGACCUCAGGGCCCAAGACCUCAGGGCCCAAGACCUCAGGGCCCAAGACCUCAGGACCCAAGACCUCAGGGCCCAAGACCUCAGGGCCCAAGACCUCAGGGCCCAAGACCUCAGGACCCAAGACCUCAGGGCCCAAGACCUCAGGACCCAAGACCUCAGGACCCAAGACCUCAGGACCCAAGACCUCAGGACCCAAGACCUCAGGGCCCAAGACCUCAGGACCCAAGACCUCAGGGCCCAAGACUCAGGACCCAAGACCUCAGGACCCAAGACCUCAGGGCCCAAGACCUCAGAGCGACACAAGAGUCCAGACUGUCGACUGGAGACACUCAGGUUGGAGCGCUGUGGUUUGUCAGAGAUCAGCUGUUCCUCUGUGGCCUCAGCUCUGGAGUCCAACCCCUCACAUCUCACACUCCUGGACCUGGGUCAGAACAUUCUGUCUGAUUCAGCAGUGUCUGAUCUGUGUGGUUUUCUACAGAGUCCAGACUGUCGACUGGAGACACUCAGGUUGGAGGACUGUGGUUUGUCAGAGAUCAGCUGUUCCUCUGUGGCCUCAGCUCUGGAGUCCAACCCCUCACAUCUCACAGACCUGGACCUGAGGUGGAACAAACUGUCUGAUUCUGAUGUGAAGAAGCUCCUGAGACUCCAACAGAGUCCUCACUGUCGACUGCAGACUCUGAAGUAUAAAUAA